UAUUACCAGUAAAUAUAUAAUGUUAGAAGACCAAAUAAAAAAUGAUCACUGUAUUGUUAAAAAUAAUCAAUCUAUGUUAUUGGAUCAGUCAUAUAGAAGUUCAGGGUGUUUGCAAGGUAUAGAUGGAAGUGUUUAUAGUCGAUCUAUUAUGAAAGAUGUACCUAAAUCUGACUUAAAAAGUGUUCGUCGCAGUUCUUCUCGUCCUAUUAAAAGACCUAAGUUUGACGAUGAACUAGUUGAAGCUGGACAUAAGAGAGGAUUAUCAGCUAGAAAAAGUUCAGAUUCAAGUUCAGUGGAUAUAAAGUUAAAAAAGAAUGUAAACAACAAACAAGUGUCAAGUAGUCUUUCAAAAAAAAAGAUCAAAGUCAAGUCAAAUUUGGUUCCAAGUGAUUUUGGGCGUUGGCGUCCUGCAGAUGAUCUAAGACUGAUCACAUCUGUGCAACAAACAUGCGAUUUACAGGCUGUCCACUUAGCUGUUCGUUUCUCAUGUUCAUUUACUCUUAAAGAAAUUCAAGACCGUUGGUUUGCGUUACUUUAUGAUCCACUUCUAUCAAGAUUAUCACAACAAGCUAUUAAAUCACUUCCAGCAGAUGUUGUCAACAAAAUAUUAAAUGAAGCAUUAUGGUCACGUGAAGAAGAAUGUUUGUUGGCAGAUGUUGAUAUGAAUGGAACUCGAGAUAUUCCUUAUUUCCAACAUCUUUUAGAUGAUAAUGUUUAUGUUUUUCAUAAAAACAGAUCUGCUGAGGCACUCCUAGAUCAUUGGCUUCUACUGCGACAUUAUUACCUUUUAAAUUGCCAAACAGUUAAAUCACAUGUGUCAUCCGGUAUUGCAACAUCGAUCAAUGAGAUGGAAGCAAAGAUAAUUGAUGAUCAGAUUAUGGGUGACGAAGAUGAAGUACUUAAGCAAGCAUUGUCUUUAAAUGAUCGUUGCACUAAACGAGAAAUUAAAAGAUUGGAAAAAGAAAUACCCCAAUGGGAGUUGUUGUUAGAGAAGUCCGGUAUCCCUGAGUUAGCGUUUACAAGUUUUAAGCAUGAUGAUUUGGCUUCACUGCAAGGGAGAAUAUUGAAAUAUUUCAUGAAAAAAAAUAAGCUAAUAAUUGGUAGAGCUGCGCAUGGGCACGAGGUUGAUGUAGAUCUUACAAUAGAAGGUCCAAGUCGUAAAAUAUCAAGAAAACAGGUUUCUAUUGAGCAUGAAGACGGUCGUUUUUUGCUACGCAAUAUUGGUAAAUUACCAAUAUAUGUAAAUGGAGAAGUUAUUUCAAAGAACGGUGAAAUCUCUAUCAUCGAUAAUUCUGUUAUUGAGGUUUAUUGUUUGAAGCUUUUGUUUAACAUUAAUCCUGAUCUACAAAAGCCUCAUUUAAAUCAAUUAGACGUAUAUGCUGAAGAAACAUCUUAGAGCUCUUUAUAAUGAAGAAAAACAAUCUUAUUAUAUCAAACAUCUGUUUAAUAGACAUCUUUAACACAUAAACCCCACGGCUUUUAAUACUCUAUGUCGGUCUUGUUUUUUUCCAAGAAACAACUAGAUUAAUUCACGCAUACUAUACAGAAAACUCGAAUCAUUUAUUAUGAUUUGUAAUUUGAAUAUUGCUAUAUGAUUUUUUAGGAUAAAUGUUUAGGAUUUAUCAAGCAUUCAAAACAAAUAAAUACAAGAUAUUAUAGUGCAUGUUAGUUCCAAACAUAUCACGUGGAAUUAGCAACACUUUUUAGUACGUGAUGUUUCAAGAUGCUAUAAAAUGUAAUGAUGAAAAAAGAGUUCAGAUAUAUAUUUAAAUUACUUAAAUGCUGGAGAUGUAGUCUUCUUGACAAAUAAUUUAGGGGAAAACUUUAUGGUAGAGUUUAGGAGUUGCUGAUUCUAUAAACAAAUGAAAAACGAUAAAUAUUUUACGGAUCGAGCCUUUGUCUACUUAUGCUUUUGAUGUGUUGGUGUGUUUCUACUGACAUGCUAUUUUAUAGUUUCUUGAAUUAUAUCGUAAUUACUUUUAUUGCUGGGUUUAGGUUCAGUAUGAAUAAAUUAACAAUAAACCUCGAUAUUCUCAAAUGGUAGAAUCUUGUGUAUCAGUUAAGAAGAUUUCGUAAAGACCUGAACAAAUGUUUAUAAAUGUGGAUUGCUUAAUAUCAAUUCAAUGUUGCCAAAAAUAUUUAAAUGCUACUCGUAUUUCUGAAUCCAUUGAUCCUUAAAUUUCUGGAAAAAGUUGUUAAAAUAAAAUAAAUUUAAAAACUUGAAUCCGUUUCCGAAAAUAUUGUCAGUUAAAGUUCAACAUAUAUUACUCAUGAGCCUUGGCGUAAAGAGUCAAGAGGAAUAAUUUUUUAAUUGUGAUUUUACAGUUCAGUGUAAUAUUUAUAUUUAUUAUGCUGUAUCUAUCACAAAAUUUGAUGUUGGGUUUUAUAAAAGAAAUUUUGUGAGAAAGAGGAAA